AUGGAUGAACCCGGAGACAAUAACGCGGAGGCGAAGUACGGAAAGCUCAACAUCCCCAAGGACGACGAUAUCUCCAAGGUCUGGUCGUUGAGGGAAUUCGGUGAGGAGGAUGACGGUGCGCAGCAGAGGAAACAUUCCGUCUCGUCGGCUGGCCCUAGAGCCAUGUUCACCUCUCCGAGCGAGAUCUGCGAAGAGUCAAUGGAUUACUCCUUCUCGCAAGGCGAACGCAGGGUUCCGAUAUGCCAAGCGCGAAGGACCUUCCACAUGCCCACAAGACCCCAGGCUCCGCCAACUCCAUACGACUCCUACCGUCAGCACUCCGCAGACGCUGCAGCCUCCACCACCAGACUGUCCACCCCCGGAGUAGUCCCCGCGCCGUUAACUGCCAGGGAUUUGAGAACAAACGCUCCGACACAAGCCCGAGACUUCUCCUUCAACGGCCACAACCUCAGGCAGUAG